CGGAAACAACCAGACCCUGGCCCCUUUAAAGGCAAACCAAAAAGGAUCUUGUUGAAACAACGGGGUUGAAACCAUGGUUCAGGCCAGGGGUUGAAUCACCCAACCCUGGUUAAGACGGCCGGCGGACGGCAUGCCGGAGCAAGGCAAGGGCCGAAAGGCGAAGAAAGAGAUCAAGGAGGCCAACACUGGCAAGCUCGAAAAGCGCCAGGCUCGGCGUGCGAACGCUCAUCGCCGAGUGGGCCUAGGAGAAGACGGAGACGCUGCGUACUGUGCAGAGAACGUGCUACCUGCGAAGGAGGAGGAGACGGAGGAGGAGGACGAGAAGGAGGAGGCAGCGGAGGAGGACGAAGGCGAGAAAGUGGAGGAAGAGAGCGACGCACCUGCCAAAGAAGAGGUGCCACAGAUUGAAGCGACGGUGGAGGCUGAGGACGAUGAGGAGAUCAAGGACAUCAAGCGAACCCUGCGGGCGCAGCUGCUGGCCUGGGCCUCCGAUGGCUCCCUGCCACUCGCGGAGCAGAAGCGCCUGGUGCGGCAGCUGCUGGCGCAGUGGCACCCGGACAAGAACCGGCACAUCGCGCAGGUGGCCACGAACAUCUUUCAGUUCAUCCAGGAGGAGGUGCAGCGCAUCCUGGCGCAGCUGCGGGCGGAGGUGGGAAGCGAGGAGCGGAAGGCGGCGGAGGCGAAGCAGCGCCAGGCGCAGCGCGCGGCGGAGAAAUCGGCCAAGGCCUCGGCCUUGGAGGCCUCUCGCCGCGAGAAGCAGCAGAGAAGGGGCGAGGUCGAGGAGCCAGCUCCGGACGUCGCUCCGGACGCGCAGGAGUGGUCUUUGGUGGUGGGCCACGGCCCAGCCACCUGCGCCUACUUGCGCCCCUGGCCCAGGAGCCAUUUCUCGCUCACCAGGAAUGUGGAUGGGAGAGAUGACAUCCUGCUGUUUGGCGGCGAAGCCUACGAUGGUCGAGAGCUGACCUUCUAUUCCGAUUUGUAUCGCCUGGAUAUGGGCAGCAUUGAGUCUGGAGUUCCUCUCCCUUGGGAGAAGCUGUACUCAGCGGUGCCCAGUUUGCCGGGGCCGGAGGCGCGCUCCGCCCACCAGGCCUUCUACUGGCAAGGCCACCUCUACAUCUUCGGAGGGGAGUGGUCCAGCCGAGAUCAGAAGCGCUAUCGCCAGUUCCAAGACCUGUGGCGCCUGAGCCCGGCGCCGGGCAAGCGCUGGGAGCGCCUAGAGGCGGGUGGCAGCAUGCCAUCGCCACGCUCGGGCCACCGCAUGGCCGUGGUGGGCGACUACGGCGUGCUUUAUGGGGGCUUCAGCGAAGACAAGAAGCGGCGGGCCAGUUAUCUGGAUGACUUCUAUGCGCUGCACUUGCCAAGCCACACCUGGAGGCUGCUGCCUUCGGAGCGCUGCAGCCCCAAGGCCCGCGCGGGAUGCCUGCUCUUCGCGGCUGCAUCCAGCGUUUUUCUGUACGGCGGAUCCAGGCCAACGCGCAAGGGUGGCGACACCUUGCAGGUGCUGGAGGACCUUUGGUGUGCCAAGCUGGGCAGAGCUGGAGCUGUUUGGGAGCAGUUGGCCACCCAGGGAGAGGGUCCUGGCCGGCGCAGCGGCAUGUGCCACUGCCCCCUGUCGGAGAAGGAGCCCUUGCGGCGGCUGGUCUUUGGGGGUGUAGCGGACCACCGUGUAGCGAGUACUGGCGCGGAUGGCACAAAGCGCGCAGCAGAGUUGGCUGUCUUCCAUCAAGACAUCUUCCUCUUGGACUGCACUGGCACUCCACGCUGGGAGCGCCUGUGGCCGCGGCUUGCGCCGGCGCUGGAGCUGCCAGCCGUGGGCGGCGGCUGUGACGCCUACCAGCUGGCGCUCAGAGGACCUACCGGCGAGGCGGCGCGAGAGGCGCCCCGGGGCCGCAUGGCCGCAGCCUGCCUCGUGGCACAAGGAUCCUUCUGGAUCUUUGGCGGCGCCUGCGAGUCCGGGCCAAAGCAGGAGGUGACGCUGGAUGACCUGUGGCGCCUCCCGCUGCAGAUGGAGCGAAAGGACGACUCCGUGGAGGUCUCUUGCAGCGAUCGAUGGGAGUGCGUCCUUCCGCUGAGCGACCGGGCCACGGUUUGGUUCGACGACUCUGACACAGACUCGGAGGAAGAAGAGGCCGAGCAAGGCAUAUCCAAGGCGCCGGGCGGCACCUUGGUGGAAGUGAAGAACCCGGGAGGCGGCGUGCUGUCAAAGAAGCAGCAGAAGGAGGAGCAGAAGCGCCAGCGCAUGGAUCUGAAGAGGGAGCGCCAGGCCGAAAAGUGCGAGGAGAAGACCGCCAAGCGGGAUCAGAAGAAGGAGAAGCAACGGCAGCACGCGAAGCAAAGCUGAGCCAAAGUGGUUGCCGUUGAGUUGACCUUUGAGGCCUUGGAGGCAAUCGAGGUUGAGCCCGCGGAUUCGAACUUUGGCGCCAAGGGGACAGGAUUGAGCGAGCCCAGGUGCGGGGGUUGCGGAUUCCACGUCUCACCUUGCGCCAUUCAGCAGCGCUUCUGUUGUGAGAGCGGCGAUGAUUCCCAGCGCUCAGAGAGGAUGGUUGCCAGUGCCUGGGACCCGGAAGGCACGA